AUGCGCUACUGGCUGGAUACCUUUUCUACAGGAUACAUUGAUCCCAAGACUGGUCAACUCGGCAUUACGUCUAGUGAAUCAUCCUUGAUUGUGUCGAUUCUAUCCGCAGGAACACUUUUUGGCGCUCUAUUUGCUGCGCCAGUAGCUGAUUGGACAGGAAGGCGCAUUGCACUUUGGAUUAGUCUAUGCGUGUUUGCCUCUGGUGUUGUCCUGCAAACAGCUUCAGUUGAUAUCCCAUUGUUUGUGGCAGGAAGGUUCUUUGCUGGGUUUGGAGUUGGCAUGGUUUCGAUGCUAGUGCCUCUCUAUCAGUCUGAAACGGCACCGAAGUGGAUUAGAGGAGCUAUAGUGGGUGCCUAUCAACUUGCCAUCACAAUCGGAUUAUUGCUUGCGGCAGUUAUCGACAAUGCCACCAAAGGUCUCGACAACACUGGAUCGUACAGAAUUCCAACUGCUGUUCAAUUCGCCUGGGUCCUCAUUUUAGGGAUUGGACUCAUCUUCCUCCCCGUAACACCUCGUUACCUGAUUAAACGUGGCAGACACGACAAAGCAGCAAAGUCGCUUGGCAGACUUCGAAGACUGGAUAUCAACGAUCCCCACUUGAUUGGCGAGCUUCAGGAAAUUGAGUCCAACUAUGUCCAUGAACAAAGUUUAGCUAAGGGAUCAUCAUAUCUACAAUUCUUAAAAUGGAAUACUUUGGGUAAUAGAAUCAAAGAACCUUUCGUCACAAGCAUGAUUAACUCAUCCGUAAAUGUCUUCUCCACACUCCCCGGUCUCUACCUCGUCGAAGCAUGGGGCCGUCGUCGUCUCCUCAUGUUCGGCGCUCUCGGCAUGUUCGCCUGCCAAAUAAUAGUCGGUAGCGUCGGCACCGCCUUCCCCAACGGCGACAACAUCGCCGCCCAAAAAGCCCUCGUGGCAUUCGUAUGCAUCUACAUAUUUUUCUUCGCCAGCAGCUGGGGCCCCGUCGGCUGGAUUAUCCCUGGGGAGAUCUUUCCGCUUCCUGUGCGCGCGAAAGGGAUUUCGAUGACGACGGCUUCGAAUUGGCUCUUGAAUUGGGCGAUUGCGUAUUCGACUCCUUAUUUGGUGAAUCCUGGACCCGGGAAUGCGAAUUUGCAGGCGAAGAUUUUCUUUGUGUGGGGUGGUUGCUGUUUGUUGUGUGCGGUGUUUGUGUAUUUUUUGAUUUAUGAGACGAAGGGGUUGAGUUUGGAGGAGGUGGAUGAGCUGUAUGAGAGUGUGGGGAAGGCGUGGAAGAGUACGCAUUGGGUGCCAGUGGAGGGGUAUGGAAAGGAGUGGAGUUGUGGAGGGGGAAAAGGUGACGUCUGCUGA